AUGCCAACAAUCUCCUUCUUCUCAGACUGCGACCACUCCAUAUCCUUCUACAGCGCCUCCUCCAUCGCCAAAGCCAUGCUCAAGUUCUGGCCCACAUCCCCCGCCCCCGACCAGACAACCCCCCGCGCCAGCCAGCAGGAGAAGAACCCGUUUGAUCGCCUACCGACGACGCCGACUUCCGUGCACCCCCUGCUGGCUGCAGGAAGCACGUCUCCGUUCGUCCCAUCAUCGGCCUAUGGCGGAUCGGUCCACUCGGAUCUCACGCCUGGAGGCACCAACAACUCCGUCGGCCCUUUCCCCUCUGCACAACCCACCACUCACCUCUCGAUUCAUGCCCCCCAAUUCAACAUCAUGCAGCCUCCCCCCGGAAAGAACCCAAAGCCAUCUCCCUCCACACCCACCCCACAGCCCGCCCUCUCCAGAGGUCAGAUCCAUGUAAAGCUCAUCCAAGCCCGCGGCCUCAAUGUCCGCAGUAUACACGCACGCCCCUACGUCGUCGUACAGUUCGAGCAGAACGAGUUCGUAUCCCGCAACCCAAUCCCAGAAUCAGACAGGGAGGUAAAGGGCACCGCCGUAAAUCUCUCUCGCCAGACUUCAUCAAACGCUAUCAACGCUCUCGGCGCAAUAGAAUCAAAGGCUGCAAUACGGGACGCCUCCCGCAAAAACAGCAAGGGCAGCUCAAAGGACCCCUCUCCUUCAUCCUCCCUCGUCCCUUCCGCCGCAAAAGCCCUAUCAGCCACUGCACACUCAUCACAACCACCACCCUCUCCCUCCUCCGCCUUUGCUCACUCAACCUCUCCCUCAUCCGGCAUCGCUAAUGGUCUCUUUGGCCGUUUGUCAGCACACAACCCCGUCUGGAAACACGAGGUCUCCUUCGAUGUUACAUCCGAGGAGUCUCUUAUUACGUUCAACGUCUAUGACCGCUCCCUCUCCGACCAGGGCUUCCUAGGCACCCUCCAGAUAAAGCCUGUUCUUCUCCACGACCAUACUGUGGAUCAGUGGUACAAACUCAGGCCAUACGAGGAUGAGAUCGUUAGCGGCGAGAUGCGAGUCCAAAUCACAUACGAACAGUACAAGACCAAACGAGCGCUAACGCCGCGCGAUUUCGAGUUCUUGAAGCUCAUUGGGAGGGGCACGUUUGGAAAGGUCUUCCAGGUGCGGAAGAAGGAUACACAUCGUAUAUAUGCGAUGAAGGUGCUGUCAAAGAAGGAGAUUGUGGCCAAGAAGGAAGUCGCGCAUACGAUUGGAGAACGCAAGAUCCUGCAACGGUCCCUCGAGUGCCCGUUCCUCGUCGGCCUCAAGUUCAGCUUCCAAACCGACACCGAUCUAUAUCUCGUAACAGACUUCAAGAGCGGCGGAGAGCUUUUCUGGCAUCUACAACGAGAGACGAGGUUCACCGAGGAGAGGGCCAAGUUCUACAUCGCAGAGCUAAUCUUGGCGUUGGAGCACUUGCACAAAUACAACAUUGUCUACCGGGACCUGAAACCCGAGAACAUCCUCCUCGACGCGACAGGCCACGUCGCUUUGUGCGAUUUCGGACUCUCCAAAGCAGACCUACGACCCGACGAGCUAACGACAACGUUCUGCGGCACGACCGAGUACCUCGCACCCGAGAUCCUGCUCGACGAGCACGGCUACUCCAAGAUCGUCGACUUUUGGUCGCUCGGCGUGCUACUCUUCGAGAUGUGUUGCGGGUGGAGCCCGUUCUACGCAGAGGACACGCAGCAGAUGUACAAGAACAUCUGUUUUGGCAAGAUCCGCUUCCCCAAGGGCGUCAUCAAUGACGACGGCAAGCAGUUUGUCAAGGGGCUCUUGAAUAGGAACCCGAAGCACCGGUUAGGCGCCCAACGCGACGCGGCCGAGCUGAAGGAACACGCGUUCUUCAAGAAUAUCGACUGGGUCGCGCUCUCGCUCAAGCAGGUCACCCCGCCCUUCAAGCCCGUCGUCGAGUCGGACGAGUCGACGAACAAUUUUGACCCCGAGUUCACCUCGGCAGAUAUCCGCGAGGUCGGCGUCCCAGACAUCUCUGACCUGGAUCUGGACGACGACGACCCAUCGGAGGCGUGGGUCUCGCAGAGCAUCGGGACGCUGAACACGCACACGCCGAAUGGUCCGCUAGGGAGCGAGAGGACGAAGAGCCCUGUGACGAACGGCAUGCACGCGCACUUUGGCGGCGUCUCCGCAGCGCUGAACGGCAGCACGUCCACGGCACCGACGAACGGUGCGCCUCGUUCGCAGGGCAUCCAGAUCAAACGGCAGCCGCGGAAGAAGGACGUUGUGUCGACGCCGCUGACGAGCAGCGUCCAGGAGAAUUUCCGCGGGUUCACGUACCAUGGCGGUGAGAGCGUCGUGGCGUCCGCGAUGGCCGCGCGGCGCAAGGAGCGGGGAGCCGAGGAGGCGGUGGCGGACGAGGAGGCAGACGAACCCGAGGUGACGACGGAGGACGAGGUGGCUGAUUUCGAGCGCAGCGCGGGACGCUACUCGAAGGCAAGGAGAGCGAAGGGGGUGUCGUUUGCUGACGGGGAUAUCGAUGAGGACAUGUCAUAA